GACAAGAAAAAUUCCAACACAUUUCGUAGUUGCGUACUUUCGAAUAUUCAUCAUACGAGCGCCGAGGAGCUGUAGCCGAGCUUUGAAAAAAUUUUCGCAGUUGGCUAAAUAUUACCUGUCAGAUUUCGCAAUUUGAGCUCGAAAUAAGCUACAACAGCUAGCGAAAAGGCACACAAACGUACACUUUUGGCGAGUCAUCGAGUAAAAGGCAGGCGUGCAAUAAUAACAACAACAACAACAGACAGCAAUUACGCAUAGUCUCUAUUGCUUUCGAAGUUCGAAUGCAUAAAGCUUGUUAAUUUCGAAAACAACCCCCGACAGCCAAGUCCAACACAUACGGCACGCAAUCAAAAAUCUAAAACAACAGCGUAAAUUAGCGCCCACCACCCACACACACACCACCUACCGUUGCCUACCGUUGCUGUGAGUGUCACAGUUACAGUCGCCGUCAGUGCUAGGGUACCUACAUAAUUGGCAGCAAUUUUGUAGACAAAAGCGUUUGCGGUUUAUCCAGAACACCUUGCCGCACCCUAUCGCCCACUCGCCUAGCACAGCAGCCGUUAGUCGAAAUCAGUAGCAGUAGCAGCAGCAGCAGCAGCGGUAGCGCCAGCGCCAGCAACUGAUAUUCCAUUUCUCUCAGUGCUCAGUGCUUUUAGUCCAGCAGUCGCAGCGCAAAGUAUCGAAACAGCGCGAGUAACAUCUAAUCGGUUUCAUUUAAAACUUCUCUGCGAAAAUGGGCAAGAAAGAUAAGAAGAAGGAAGAGGCGGAACCAGCACCAGCAGCCGAUGCACCACCAGCUGAUACUGCCGCAGGUGAGGGCGGUGAUGGUGAGAUUGUCGGCGGACCGCGCAAUCCUCAACAGAUUGCAGCACAAAAACGGUUACAGCAGACGCAGGCACAAGUCGAUGAGGUCGUCGACAUAAUGCGAACAAAUGUGGAGAAGGUGCUCGAGAGAGAUCAAAAGCUAUCGGAAUUGGAUGAUCGAGCUGAUGCCUUACAACAGGGUGCUUCGCAAUUUGAGCAACAAGCUGGUAAACUAAAACGAAAAUUCUGGUUGCAAAACUUGAAGAUGAUGAUUAUUAUGGGCGUUAUUGGACUGGUCGUUGUGGGCAUUAUUGCAAAUAAACUAGGAUUAAUAGGCGGCGAAACACAGCCACAAUAUCCACAGUAUCCACAAUACAUGCCACCACCACCACCACAACAACAGGCACAAGCGCCAGCCGGUGGCACUUCAUCAUUAGCUGACGGCGGCAGCGCUGGCAACAAAGAGCAGCACGGUGCAGUAUAAAGCUUUUCUUCAAGUGUGCUAAGUUAAACUGAGGACAGUAGAGCAAAACAAAACCACUAAAACCAAAAAAACAAAACCAAAAUAAAAAAUCAAGAAAAAUAUACUUCAAACCAUUAGAAAAAAUAUUUAAAGAAUUACCAGAAAAUUUGCAUGAAUGUCAGUGCAACAACUUGAGGCAAUUGCAGGCAGUGCGCAAAAUUCUUAGCAGGCGAACACAUAACCUCAAAAAAACAUGAAAUAAUUAAUUACGCGUUGAAGCGAGUUUUAUUGGCGCGCCUUUUGGCAUUUUUACGGUGAAUUAAUUUGGCAGCGGCGGCGAAAUGCUGGCAGGCAACUUGUUUACAUAACUUUUUUUGCCUUUUACGUGAGCAUAUUUUACGCCAAAGCUCAAGCUCAAGCUCAAGUGCGCCGAAAGUGGAAAAUACUUUGAUAUUUUCAGAGUUUAGUUUUUGUUUUCAUUUAUUUGACCGUUAUAUUCUGUUUUUGCGCCAGUAAUGCUCGCCCGCUGUCAGCUGUCAAGCAUUUGCCGCCACAAUUGUCUACACUCGCGUGCAAAAAAAUACCAGCACCGCGUGGUACCGCAAAGAAUCGACGUGCAACGUAUGUUUUCGGCAAUAAUUUCAAUAUAUGUACACCAGAAAUGAUGAAACUCAUACCAAAUUACUUACUACUUUAACUUUAUUAUAUUUAAUAUUUCAACAAUGCGUAAAAGAAACUAAUUACAAUUAAUAUUUGAAAUAUUGACAUUAACUGCAUAUUUGUUUAUGGUUGCGUUAUUUAAAAUGCGUACGCAACAACAAACAACAAACAACAAAAAUACAAAAUGUGAAAAACCAAAGAGCAACGGGCAUACAAACCAAUGUUUAAACUACCAAAACAAAAACAAAAUUAAUUGUAUUAUUAAUGCAAAAAUAAUAAAUAAAUAAAAAGAAACUAAAAUGAAGUAAUGAAGACAAAACAAUAUGCUGGAGAACACAGUGAAAAACAAAUCAUACAAACUGCGUUAAACUACAGUGACGAGCAAAUAAAUAAAUUUAGUGGGUUUAUGAACUUUUAUAUUUAUGUCUUAUGUUUUGAAAAUACAACAAAUCUGUAUGUAUGUACUUUGCAGAGUAUAAAUUGUACUUAAUAUUUGUUAUAAAUAUGUAUUUAUUUAAUUUAUUAUAACAAUUUUCAGUUGAAACAUUUAAUUUGCUGAGCGAAAAUUGUAUUUAAGUAGUGAAAAAAUAAAUAUAAGCAAGUUAAUGUUAAUAAAAAAAACUUAUACGAGGCACAUGUAUGGGAAUGUUAAAUUUGUAUUAGAAAAAAUCGUGUUUUUGCUUGAAAUGGCGUGCAUAACUACAUAUAUAUAUAUAUAUAAAUAUAAAUAUACUACAUAAAUAUAUAUGAAACUAAUCAGUGCGUACGCCUAAUUAAUUAAUUAAUUAAAUGCCAAAAUUACAAAAAAAUAUUUAAACAAAACAAUAUAGACAGAAUUGAAAAUAUUUUACUUUGCUUUGACUUUUUCCUUAAACAAAUAUUUUGAAAUUGCGAUUUCUUUAUAUUAAUGUAGAUAUUUUAUGCCCUACAAGAUUAAACUAUCAUUAAAAAUAAACGAACGACAUAAUUUCCUUAGCCUGCAUUACGAACGAUUUCAAGAUUUCAACGGUUAUUUUACGACAAAGUUAAGCGCGAGUGUUGGAACAGAAAGAAAUAUGCAAGGAAAAAGCUUUAUUUUCAUACAAAUAAGUUUACAGUUACGUAUGUGGUUUGCAAAUGACUGCAUUUUUUUUGCACAUGACUGCAGUGUGGAGCAUUGCCAUAACGCACUGCGUUUGUCAAGUGUGUGUAACGGUAAACAAGUAAAAUGUUGACUGCAUUUUUUUGCACAUGUCUGUAGUGUGGGUCAUUGCCAUAACGCACUCCGUUAGUUAAGUGUGUGUUACGAUAAACUCGCAAAAUGUUGUCUGCAUUAAUUUCACACAUAACUGUAGUGUCGGGCAUUGCCAUAACGCACUGCGUUUGUCAAGUGUGUCUUACGAUAAAAAUGUUGUCUGCAUUAAUUUCACACAUAACUGUAGUGUCGGGCAUUGCCAUAACGCACUGCGUUAGUCAAGCGUAUGUAACGGUAAACACGUAGCAUAUUGACCAUUAAUCGUAACUGUGGCGUUAAAUCGCAAACAGCUGCUGCGUUUUGGCUAAAAUUCAGGUGGUUGGCAACGCUGCCAGAGUAUACGAAAAUUCAGUGUUAUGUGCAUCGCGAUAAUUGCUUUUUUUUUAAAUAGUUUUGAGAAAAAUUACUUAGGGAACUUAACAACUUUUUUUUCUUUGAUCUAGUUUAAGAAAAGCGAACUAGCAGCGAUGCUAAAUAAUUAAUAUUAACAGCUAUUGAAUAGCGCAUACUGGCAAAACUAACGGCACUACGGCAAAAUUUGUGAGUAACACUUGAGUUGAAAAAUUUUGUAUGAAACUAUAAAGUUCUUUUCUUUACAAAAAAGGAAUUAAUAAUGGCAAGGGUUCAUAUGCUAACCGCACAGUGUCACAAAUUGCUAAAAAAUUCAAAUAAAAUGUUAAAUUCGAUUAUAAAUUAUGCAUUCAAAUUAUUACAAAACCCACACCAACAAUUUUGAAUUUUGAAUUCUGGAUAUUGAGUAUUUACCAACUGCUCGUGGCACUUUGAAGGCUGUUAGGUUUUCUGUUUGUUCUUUGCUGCCUCUAUAAAGUUUCAUUAGCAUAUAUAGUACACAUAUCGUCACCUAAAAUGCAAAAUAACGUAUCAUCAAAAAAAUCGAAAUUCAGUUUUUUAUUGCUUAUGAAUCACUACAUCAUAUUGCAUAUAGUUAGCAUAAAAUUUUCAGCCUCCGCUGUCAGAUAUAACCAAUAUAUAACCAUUUUAUAACCAAAACUCAAAUUAUGUUUCUAUGAGUGGUUUCUAUUAUAUCCUUUUUCCUCGCCUGUAAACUUAUGAAAAGUGAUGUUACGUUAUUUUGCAUUUUAGGUGAGGAUAUAUACAUAUGUACAUAUACCAUAUACGCAUAUGUAUACCAAAUAUUGCUUCAGAUAUAAAUGUAACUACUUGUUUGGACGCCGUUCGAUCUAUAGGGAAAUUCAAUAUGCGAGUGACUUGUCUAAGAAAAAAAAUCUGAAAAUAUUUUAAAUGGUAUUUGCUACUGAUUUAUGAAAAUUUACAAAAUUAUUGUUAGAAAAUAAUUAGUUAACAGUUACAGUGAGGGUGGGAUGGUCAAUUAUUUUCAUUUCAAUGCCUUCAGUUUCAGAACCUUAGUUUUUCUCUGAAACUGCAAUAAUGCUUGAUGAAGCAGACAAGUUUGUUGUAUACAAAAUAUAUACUUGUAUUUGUAAUAUAUGUAUGUAAUAAGAAUUUUGAACUCAAAACUACAUUUCAGAACUUUCACGCUGUUCUCGAAUGAGAACUCAAACUCAAAGCUACUAAAGCGACUUGUAAACUUGUAUCAAAAGCAACUUUUACUCAGUACAGUAAAUAAUUAAGGGAAUUGUUCAUAACUCCAAAUACAUAUUAAGUAGCGACAUGCAACAACAAAAAGAAAAACAAAUAUUCCUCAAUAAGCUUUAGUAUAAUUUUCCGCGUUUAACGCCUAAACUUUCAGUAGAACGCUGGUAAAUGUUAGAUGAGCAUUUCAUAAAUGUUGCACUUAAGUUUUUUAAAACAAUUUUAAAAUAUGAAUGUCAGUAGUUUUAACUACCUAAUUACAAUUUUAAGAAAUAGCAGCUUACAAUCAUUCUUAAUAAAGCUUUUUCAGCUGACGAUUUUUCGAAAAAUCCGCUGGUGAAAACAUACUCCCAGCUUUAGCUCUUUCUAUACUAACGUGUUUGUUGUUACUUUCCACUUCAAGCAAAGCAAAAUAUAAUUUUACUUCAACGAAAAAUUCGAAUAAAUAAUUUUCAAUUAAAUUGCAGUAAAACAACUGGAAAAUAGUUCAAAAUUUUCGCAAAAAAAAAACGAAUUAAAUCAGUGAAAUAUUAAACGAAUUAUGUUGUAAAGGGAAUAAACAUUUAGUAGCAGCAGUAAAGAACAAAAUAAAUAAUAAUUACAUACAAACCUACAUACAUAAUACAAAUCAACCCAAUUCCAUGGUAGUCAAAAAAAGUAAUUCCGAAACAAAAACGAAAAUUGUAGUCAUUGAAAUUGGGAACAAAAGAAGCAUAUUUCAAGUGUAUAAAAAAAAUUAAGAAAUACAAUACAUGCCCUGUGUAUGGUAAUACAUACGUACACAAAUUAAUAUGAAUAUUAUAUAAACGAUAAUAAUAUUAAUUAAUUUAAUGAUUAAUUGCACCCAAAUACAUAAAUAUUUAAAUAAAUAAAUAAAACUACAAAAAAAGAAA